AUGGCAGAUGCAAAGGGCAUUAUUCCUCCGGAUUCGGCUGAAGAUUGUCUUGUGCUGGUGGAGGAGCUCAUCCGGACCAACCGUAAUCUUGCAGCAGAAAACGAGAAGCUACGGCAAGAGCACGAGAAAUCAAGCAAAAGUCAGGCAGAAAUUCUGCAGAGGAUUGAGAAUAGGUUGCAUGAGAGAGAAUUUAUUCCUCGCGGAGGAUGGCGCUCCAACCCACGACGUAGGAGCGCAAGAAAUUCAACUGCCGUUUCUGCGGCAUGCAGGGUAAGCUUAAUUAUUAAAAGGAACGCACAUUUAAAAGAAAGAUAUAAAAGAUCUACUAUACAUCGACAUAAAAGGCAUUGUGUAAAGGUGCUGGACUGUGGAGAUUAGAAAAUGAGGCCAUGGCCGGUACAUUAAUUCGUUUAAAUGGUUUUGGCGCGCGCAAACUCCAGCAAAAAUUAUUCUCGUUUAAAUAGAUAUUUAUGACAGGAGAGAACAUCAUUUUACUUCUAUUUCACGAUCACUGCGAGUGGAUGUUGGCAAAAGCAGACCGAUUAAAAUGCGAAGAAGUACUUAUUCAUUGCUACGGGGCUGCCUCAAAUACGUAAUCCAUUUGUGUAAUAAUUGGACCAUUAGAAAAGUUAUGGGGUAGGGGGGAGGUUGGGCAAAAGCAAAACAAAGUUUUCCCAGUAAAUUAAAACUCAAGAAAAAAUAGACCCACGAAGUAUCACCAAACAACAACCAAAAAAACACAACAGACACUGAAGAUUUCCAUCUUAAGUGUACAGAAAAAAAGUAUUAAAUCUGCCAAACUUCCCCCCCCCCCCAUCAUUUCUCUAAUGGACCCUACCAUAGUAGAUGAUAUUGACAUUGACAAGUGUAAUAAUGCAAGAGUCAAAUUUGUUUGCCUUUAAUAUUUAGAAGUGGGACAUCGACCAAAACAGAACCAACACAAAACAAACAAAACUGACUUUGUAACCCAAAAAUGGGCUUUGAGUACACCUUAUUCCAAAAUGGCAACAAUUUGGUUAUUCCUUUUUAUUAUAUAGACACGAGUGUUUUACUGGAAAAUAUACCACUCGUAAAAUUCAUAAAAACUAACUCCGGGCCCCGAGUGGUUUAUUUUCCAUAAUCUCACACGUGAGUUUAUUGAUGACAUAAUUUCGGUCAUUUCCCUCUAUUACUUUAUCGAUGUCUUUUUGUUUAUAUAAUAAAAAGAACAUUACACGGCGGCUUGAAGAUAUGAAUUUUAUUUUCUCGUGGCGAAAACAAUAUUUUACUCACUCGCUGCGCUUGUUCGUAAAAUAUUGUUUUGCCACUCGAAAUAAAAUUCAUAUCUUCUCACCACCGUGUAAUAUCCUCUAUAUAUUCAUAUUAAUUAGCACCCUUUGUCUUCACCGCAUCUGCAGAAUUAAAAAUAAUUUUUAACCUAAACUGAGGAAACAAGGGCCAAUUAACAUUGGCACAAAAGAAUACUAAGUCUGUCGUCAUUUUGGAAUAAGGUGUAUUGGGGAGUUGGAGAUUGGGAUUUAGUGUUGCAAAUGCCUAAUUGAAACUGAAACAUCAUUUUUUUAUCAGAGAUCGUUGAGGAAGAUUUAUAAAGUUCUUUGCAGAAAAGAGGACUUCAAUGGCUUUUAUCUAGAUGAAGAGUAAGUAAUAAAGUUAAUACCCUUGACAUCAUCUGAUUUUUGUACAUGUAAAUGUUGUUGUUCAGUAUUAUAAAUGGUUUAAACUUUUUCUCUCUUUGUUUUAAAAAAUAACCACACAUUACCAUAUAUUAUCAUACCCAAAAGGAGAAAAAAAUUAAACCAAAGAUAAAAUUGAACCACAACAUAAACACUUAAAAACAGGCCUGUAUCUUUGAAAAAUUAAAGUAUGAUUAUAAAAAAAAAACUAAUACAGUAACAUUCCAGAAACAAGCCCCAGGGCUUAUACAUGUACUAUUCACAACCUUCUUCAAGGAGCUGUAUAUUUGGAGGAGCAAUUACCAUCUAUACGCCCCAGAGACAAACACAUGGAGGAGCUUGUUUUAGGAGGCCUUUUUGGGGCCUUAUUUUCAGAAUUUGAUGAGCCUGCAGUAAUUGGCUUAAGCCUUAUGCUGUUGCAAGGAACCCAUAUGUCCUUGUCCUUUGUCUUGCCUUACUGGUAGUAUUUUUUGAGUGUCUGGACAUAGUUUUUAUGUUUUGGCAAAGCUAAUAAAAAAUGUUACAACCAGACUUUAAGACUCUCUGAUACGGGCAGAUUUGAGAGUCUAAAAGUAACAUCCAGUAUUAAAAAAACUGAAACCAUAUCCCUAUUCAAUAUUGUAAGUUGUCGAGAAAAGUGGGAGGAUUUAUAGGUGAGGAUGGCCGCACGAAUAUACGAAAUUUCUCUUCCAGGGUUGAAAAAUAGUGAAAUAUUUUUCAACACAAGAAGAGAAAUUUCGUAUCUCCAAGCGGCCAUGUAACAUUCUAUUCAUUAUAUAAACACCAAUGAAAUACCAACCAAUUUACCUUUCACUGUGGAAGGUUCAGUUCAUUAUGUAACCAUGAAUGUUCCAGAUAAGAGACAGGUCUCGGGUCAAUGACCCGACAAAGAAGGCUUCUUGACCCGACAGAUGAAAUAUAAACAUCGAGUUAAAUAUUUAAAAAAAAAAUAGAAAAACCCCUCAGAUAGUCUUCCUGAUACCCUGCUUGAAAGAAUUAACUGGAACGCUGAACCGUAGUAACAGUGUUAUUUUCACAUGUGAAGAUAUCACGUUUUCGUGAAAGCUCACCUGGUAUUUCAUUGGUGUUUAUAUAAUAAAAUAUUUUAUACAAUAAAUUGCAUUUAAUUCCGAAUCACCUUUUAAGUCGGAGUGUGUUGUUUGGAUUAAAAAGAAUUUCCUAUAGAAGAUCAAAAAUCCUUUGAAUAGAAGCGUCUGCAGGUAACGCAAAUGGCAAAGUUAGUAAUAUUCAUGUAGCAGAUACAGUAAAGAGACUGUGUGUAUGUGUCCCAUGCCAAUAAGUGGUGUUUUGUUUAAAUAAUUACAGUGAAAUAUUAAAGUAGAUCAAGCAAUGUUUUGUGAUAUCUUUUUUACAGUAAGCUCUGAGAACAAUGGUGGAAUUAUUGAGAGGGUGAUAGCCCAAGCUUUGCAUGAGCAUGGAGGCCAGGAAAGAUGUCCAUGGACAAGGGUCAUAAUGGAAGGUACAUGUACACUACCAUUCACCAUAGGCAAUUUACAGUCAUGCUGUAUUAAGAGCUGUGGUUACCCUUGGGGAAAGGAAAAUGACUGCUUGUACAGGUACAUGAAGAACACAAUAUGGAAGAAAUAACAGUCAGAGCAUUACAGUACAUACGCAAUAUUGGUUUUAGUGCAGUGACAGAACGUUUUAAAGACAAUGAACUAUUUAAAAGAGGUCAAGUAAGGGUCAAUAAAACAUGACUCACUGCAGUGGGUAUAAAGUACAGGUCACAUUCCACAGGUCAACAUACAGACAGUAGCUUUUGCGAUGCACGCUACAGAUAAAAAAAGAAGGCCAGAUAGUGUCUCCUAGCCCUAAUCAAUACCCAAAAUUUUCUUUUAGAUUGAGGAGAAACUGUUUGGCUUAGUUAGCAAUCAAUAAAACAGUGACCUGUACCUGUGGCCUGUGGAAUGUGACCUGUACUUAAGACCUGCCUGACUCACUGGGACCUAAAAAAGGUGCCUAAAGGUGUGUUAGGCACCCUUUUCAGGUCCCAGUGAGUCAGGCGUGUAUUAAGUACAGGUCACAUUCCACUGGUCACAGGUACAGGUCACUGUUUUAUUGAUUGCUAACUAAGCCAAGCAGUUUCUCCUGAAUCUAAAAGAAAAUGUAUGCAUGUGUUUACUAGUAAACUUACUCUAUUUUUUAAACAGCUGCUCUGCAAAGAUAUUUUCUGUCCCUAUAUGAGACCAGAAGACUUAAAAGUGGUUCAAAGUAUGAAGAGCAUAAAAGGGUGACACGCAAGAGUGGCUGCCAAAGAGAGGUAAUUAUGUAUUAAUAACAGACCAAAAAAUCAAGAUAAUAGUAAUAGUAACUUAAUAACUUCUAGAGCGCUAUUUACAUUCAAUGAUCAACAGUGCUUUACAACUUAAAUACUACAGUAAAAUUCAGAUUUGUAAAACUAAUUACAUGUAUAUUAAUAAAAUAGAAUAUUUAUAAUAACAAUAAUUAACUUAAUAAGUAAUACUAAUAAGAGUGAAUAUCAAAUAGGAUAUGUUUUAAAAGCUACACGAAAUAAAUAAGUUUUCAGCUAACAUUUAAAAAUAGCUUAUGACUGAAUAUCACUUAAUUCAGCCGGCAAACUAUUCCAUAAGUAUGGAGCAGCAGCAGAGAGAGAACUAUCACCUAACUAAUGUGAAAAGCAUUUUCCCUUUAGGAGGGUCUAACAAUAAACUUUGAUAUGAGCCAAGAUUAUAUAUAAAUAUAGAUCUGGGCUUAAUGUUAAUUAAUUCUAUGACAUACUUGGGUGCCAAUCCAUGAAUAGCAUUAAAUGUUAAAAUUAAGAUCUUAAAAUGAAUACCUAUGUUGUACUGGUAACCAGUGAAGUUCAUAAAGCACUGGAAAAAUAUGCGAGUACUUUCUUAAUAAUAAUCCUCUUUUGUUUAACUAUUACAGAAUGCAGUCUCUUGUUUGCUUUUUGAUACACACCAUUGGAAAUUGCCCUUAGAUUAAAAAGAUAAAUGAUUGUCUUCUAUGUAUCGGCUGAAUAAUGUGAUACUAAUUAGAUAAAUACUAUAUAUAACUCACGUGAAAGUGCCUUAUGAACCAUGUACAAUUCAGUGUUGCAUUGCCUACAAGUGGUAAUAAAUUCUGGCACAUUGAUCGCCUACUCAAUCAUACUUUAAUUCUUUUUUAUGUUCAGAAGUUAACAAGGCGAACAUCUGCUCUUGAGCUGGUCAAGUGGACUGAUCACCAUGAAAAGGGAAGGGCAGCAGAGGUCCUCGUCAUGGAUGCCAUGAGUAGUGAGGACAGCUGCUAUGAAGAUGAUGAAAAUGGCAAUGCUAAGGUUGCCAAGUAUGCAGUAAGGAAACUCCCUUGGAAAAGUAGGGCAAUGAAAAAAAUUAAGAAAAAACUGGAUAAAGCAUACAGGAAGAGGCUAUCCAAGAGGGCAAAGGAAAGGAUUGUGGACAGAAUAGAAGCAGAGGAACUGUCAGAACGUCAGCCUCCAAAUGAAUUUCCUGAGUGGGCCCUAAAUGAUAUAGAAAGCUAA